AAGCAUGGAAGCCAGCAGCGUUUCCUUAAUUAAUUAAAUGCCUCUCUAUUCCAUUUAUAAAGGAUUCCCUUCCACGACCGUGGGGCGUGGGCUGGGAAGAGAACCCUCCCUCCUCGCCGCCGCUUCCUCCUCUCCCUCGACCGAAACGCUGACCAGCCGUCUCUCCUCGAGGAGGCCUUCUCUUACUUGUCUCGUCUCGUACGACCUCUAUUGUUCGAUCUGUUUACCAUCUGGGUGCUGCGCCGGCGCAUCGAUGCCCUUCUUAGCAGAGGCGACUACGGCGGUAGUGCAGACGCUAGCUGAGCGGAGGGAUCCGACGCAAAGGACUCUCCACCAACGUAAUUUUCCGUUGUCGAAGGCGUGGGGAUGCCAGCAGGCCGUUGGCUCCAUGGGCGAGCACGGCGAAGGCAGGGGCGAGGGCGAGGGCGAGGGCGUGGGCGUCGGUGGCGGCGGCAGAACGCCCGAGGCAGAACGCGGAGCCUACAACAGCGGGAUCGGAAAGAUGAGAGAGACACUUCUGGUUCAUCUUCGCAAGGAGAUGGGACGGACCGAGCCGCUAGUUCCGCCGCCGCUACCCUAUAGCCGGGAGCACGAAAAGGAAGCGGAUCUCGAAUCUUCGAUGCCACUUGCUCCAUCACCGUGGAAUCUUAGGACGAGACGGAGGCGUGCACGGGCUUCGUCGGUGUUCCCGAGGCAAUCGAGUGCGUCGCCGCCGGAGGCUGCAGAGAAGCGGCCGUCGCGUACGGAUCGGAGGGAGAGGCCAAAGAUCUCGGUGGCCCUCACCAGUGAGGAGAUCGACGAGGACAUUUAUGCGGUGACGGGGUACAGGGCUCGCCGGCGGCCCCGAAGACGUCCUCACGUCGUCCAAAAGCAGCUCGAUUUGUUGCUCCCAGGCUCAUGGCUAUCACAGAUCACUAUCGAAUCAUACAGGGUCCCCGAUUAGUGUUCAUCCCUCUCCUCUUCUCUCCUCUGUAUUGCGAUCGGCUUUGAUUCCACCGCAAAGGCUACUAAUUUGUUGCUUCCGAUCAAAUUAAAGAGUUUAAUUACUGAGCGCUCAUCAGCAGUUAAACUAGCUCUGUGUCUGUCCUUGUUACGGUUAAAGAGAGUGUUGUGUUGAGGAAUGCUUUAUGACGACAUUAAACUAGCUCUUCUCUUCUCUUCA